AGAAGUUAGAGCCUCCACAGCUCAAAGAAGAAGUCACAAACUUACCCGUCUUUUCUCUCCAAACCCAACUAUGAGCUCUGAAAGCGCCACCGCUACCGCCGCUGGCGACGAUGACAUAAUCUUCGACUUGCUCACCUUAAUCCGAGUUUACCGCAGCGGGCGCGUCGAGCGCUUCGAACCCACGGAAUUCCUUCCCCCGUCAUUCGACCAAACCACUGGUGUUGACUCCAAGGACAUCACUAUCAAUCCUUCCACUGACCUCGCUGCCCGUCUCUACCUUCCAUCUUCAACCACCAAAAUGGACGGCAAGCUCCCAGUCGUUAUCUUUUACCACGGCGGCGGGUUCUGCGUCCAUCGCGCCGCCUCCGCCCACUACCACAACUACCUCAACCACCUCACAGCGAAAGCCAAAAUACUCGCCGUGUCCAUCGACUACCGCCUGGCUCCCGAACACCCCAUCCCCGCGGCUUACGAUGACUCCUGGGAGGCGCUUCGGUGGGUGGCUCAACUUCAACACUCGGAAGCUUGGCUCUCCAAAUUCGGCGACUUGGACAAGAUCUUCUUAGCCGGCGACAGCGCCGGGGCGAACAUAGUGCAUAAUUUGGGGAUGAGAUUGGGAAAAGAGGGGAAGAAGGUGGAGGGUAUGGUGCUCAUGAACCCUUUCUUUUGGGGGAAGGAAAGGAUUGGUUGGGAAGGGGAGGAAAGGGAAGGGGUCACGAUAAAGGCAGAGGUUGCUGAUGGCCUGUGGCCAUUUCUGUGCCCGGAGUCGAUUGCUGGGAACGAUGACCCGAUGUUGAAUCCAUGGGCGGAAGGUGCGAUGAGUUUGGCGGGGUUGGGUUGCGGGAGAGUGCUGGUGACCGUUGGAGAGAAGGAUUUGCUUUUGGAUAGAGCUAGAGUUUACACCGAGAAGGUGAAGGAGAGUGGGUGGGGAGGUGCCAUUGAGCUCGUUGUGGCGGAAGGGGAGAAUCAUGGUUUCUUUUUGUCGUACCCGGGGAACAAGAAAGCGGAGGCGUUCAUGGAGCGCUUUGUUGGUUACUGCAACAAUUAGGGUCGGGGGGCCAUUCCUCUGUAUCUUUCCAAGCCUUCCAUCUCUUUGGUUCCUGUGGAAUUUUGAAACUUUAAUUUUCUAUUAAGGUAUUUGUUUAGCUUUGUUUUUUUUUAAAUAUGUUUAUUUAGCAUAAUCUUUUAUUAUUUUUAUCUUUUAAAUUAAGCUAUUUUUUAAAAACAAUCAAAAUAGUUUUGGGACUUUUUGAGCAUUUUUAAAAAUAACUAUCAUAAAGACCACCAUGAUUGUCAUCUUGGUCACACCUAUUGUAGCUACUAUCCUAUUGACGACCACCACCAUCAUUAGCUAAGAGUCUAUUUGUGUUAACUUUCUCGCAACUUUACAUUUGUUAUUUGGUUA